GCCUCCGCCUCCGCCACCGCGGGCAGCGCUGAGCUCAGCAACUGGAGUGCAAGUGAGAGAGAGAGAGAGAGAGAGUGGGGGAGAGAGGGAGAGGGCACAGAUCCUGCCAUCCAAGAGGCGCAUUCGUCCCAUUGCAACACAAACAGAAACAAAACAAAAAAAAACGCGCACACACACUUUGCCAAAAAAAAAGGGGGAGUCUGGAGCCGAGAGAGAACGCAAAGCUGUGUGGAUUGAUCUUCGGCUCAGGGUAACAUUGCCACCUGUGCGGGACACACGCAAUCGUGUUAAGCGGCUUUGCUCGGUCCCCGAUGAUGCUUCCGAGCCCCAUCACGUCGACUCCCUUCUCGGUGAAGGACAUUCUGAACCUGGAGCACCAUCAGCAGUCGCAGCAGUUGAGACAGGACUUGUUGCCGGCUGCUCACUUCCAGGCGCCGGCUUGCAUGCACGCCGGGGGGGAGAGCUCCGGCUACUCUGAUGGCGAGGAGAAGCUGCCUUUCCUGAACUCUCUGGCGGUGCCGGGCCACCCCGGCGAGGCCGGCCGCUCCCCCAAGCACCUCUACGUCCAGGCUGCCCUGACCGGCAGCUCCUGUGCAAACAAAUUGGAGGAAGAAAUCGCUUUGGGCGAGGAUAAAAAAAAUUCUUCCUUGAAAAAGUCUUCGGAAAUCGAGGAGAACAGUAAGAAAGAGGAGUCGGAGAGGCCUAAGCAGAGGCAGAGGAGGAAACCUCGGGUGCUUUUCUCUCAAGCUCAAGUGUUCGAGUUGGAGAGGCGGUUUAAGCAGCAGCGAUACCUGUCAGCGCCCGAGAGAGAACAACUCGCCAACAAUCUCAAACUCACCUCCACUCAGGUCAAAAUCUGGUUCCAGAACAGGCGGUACAAGUGCAAGAGGCAGCGACAGGAUAAGUCAUUGGAGAUAGCCGGGCACCAUCACCCUCUACCCCCGAGGAGGGUCGCCGUGCCUGUUCUAGUCCGUGAUGGGAAGCCUUGUAUUGGGGGUUCUCCAAGUUACACUGGGUCUUACAAUGUCGGAGCCGGCGCCUACCCUUAUAACAGCUACCCCGCCACAUAUGGCACUUACAGCAACCCGGCUUACAACACAAACUAUAGCUGCGCUUACACCACGCUCCCUUCUCUGACAUCCUCCACGGGCGCCCAAGCUUUUAUGAAUGUGGAUCUGAACACGAUUAACACGACUGUGCAACCGCAGGCUCACUCAACCGCAUCUGUCUCUGCUUGUCAGGGGAGCUUACAAGGAAUCCGGGCCUGGUAGGUGAUGGGUGUCACUCAGAGAGACGAUAAAGGAUAUAUUGAUUUCCUAUGAACUUUUUUUUUACAUAUAGAUAAUUUCAAAUAAAAAAUAUAAGUGUGGGGGUGAGGGGGUGGGGACCAGCACGUUUUCUUCCCACCAAAAUCCAGUCUGGAUUGAAAAUGAUUGAAUUGGCCGAAUAUUUAUCCCCUUGUGUGUGUGUAUGUAUUAAACCAUUUUUGUUGCCUUUUUCUGUAAUGUGUGCUUUCCAAUCCGACGCGGUUUGAUCUGAUUGUUAAAACUUAGACCAGAGAGACUGCGUGCACACUUCAUCUGACACACAUAAGUGUAUCAUUUCAGACCCCAAACACACAUACACACACUCUCCCCUCCGAUUCACUCCCGGAUUAAAGGACUGGGUGAACUAUAGAAUUAUAGUGCACAGAAAGAGGCCAUUCGGCCCAUGGUGUCUGUGCCGCAUCUUU